ACUCACAGACCUGUCUAUUUCAGUUUGACGACGCUUGAGAGAACUGAGCUUGACCUGAACUGACCGGACGCCAGAGUUUGCAGACAUGGCCUUCCGGGACGAUCACACGGAAGUCAACCCUCCCUACUCCAGGGUCUUCGUCGUCUGCGGCAAACUCAAUGAGGACGACCUCAGACCUCUGUUUGAAAAGCACGGCGAAAUCGAAGACCUUUACAUACCCAGAGAUCGAAACACGGGAACCGGUAAAGGCGUAGCCUAUAUAAAAUACUACAAAACCUCAAAUGCCGCCGCCGCCAUUGAAGAGCUCCAUCUUAAAAAAGUCGACAAGCAUUCUAAACCUCUCAAAGUCAUGGUUGCUAAUCAAAAACAUGACACCGACGUAGUCAGCGAGGAUAAAUACAGGCGCCUGUUCAUCAAAGUACCGAGGCAAGCAUCAGAGAGCGACAUACAAGGCCACUUCUCCGAGUUUGGCUAUGUGGAAUUCGUUAAGAUGCCCAAGGACAGAUCCACUAAAGAAAGCAAAGGUUUCGCGUAUGUACAGUACAAGACGUUCCUUGAAGCUGCGAAGGGGUAUGAAGGGUGCGAUCGCAAGUACAGACCAAUGUUCGCAACACCUAAAGAGGAGCUGCAACGUACUAGAAGCGGUCAAAGCCAAGACAAUUCGAUGAUUUAUUAUGCGCCGGUUAUGCGACCCGAAAAUUCGUUCUAUCCGCAACCGGUUUACCCCCAAAAUUCCGUGAGUUCCAUGAUAAAUACCCCAUCGGACGGCUAUGUCUCGAUUACUGUAACUUGCAGCCCUCAAGUCCCACAGCAACCUCUCGAGCAGCUCUUCAACAUAGUACCAGGAAUGCAAGAGUUCGAGUUCUCCGUCGACACUUACAACGGCUAUUCAAAAGCGCUAGUCACAUACGCAAACGCCUCCGCGGCAGCGUAUGCCGUCGAAAAAAUCAACAACUAUCAUUUCCCUUCAGGCGAAAUUCUUACUGUGAAACCGGAGAAUCAGUUAAAGAAAGUGGCCAACGACUUGACUAAUAUGGUCGACGUUUUUAAGAAGUCUCUAGACGGGGGUGGUCCGAGCCCCAACCUCAUGGGGUUAGCAGAAGCUAUAGCUCAAGCGUCGUCGUUAAUUAAACAAGCCACUUCCAUACAAGUUGAGACUAAGCAGCACAUUGAUACCCGUGUUGAUCGUCCUCAACUAGAUGAUUUUUGGAGCUCUCUGCCGCCAUCGCAGCCGAUGCUCGAUCGUGACGCUAGGGUUGCAAAGCGUUGCUUCAUAGUAUUCCAUCCUCACCCGCCGCCGCCCGCUUACUUAAGAGAUAUCUUCUGCCGCUUCGGGGACCUGAUAGACGUGUCGACAUUAUCUAAUAAAACCUAUGGCUAUGCGAAGUACGGGUCCAGGAGAGCCGCCGAUAAUGCGAUAGCGUGUCUCCAUGGAAAGACGGUGAACGGGAUCAGAAUGAAGGUUCUGGAAGCCGACGAGAAACCGCCGAGAGAUGACGAUGAUGAAAUGGACGGAAGACGGAAGAGAUCUCGGAGGGACGAUGACUAAACACUAUUUUUAAAAGCACUUUAGUGGUUUAAUGAGUAUAGUUUACCGCAGCAUAGAGACGAUUAAAC